AUGCUCUUACUUGUGCUCUCCCUAAAGACUGUGGGAAAGGUACUUCUCACCUACGCAGAGGUGGUGAAAGCUGACUUCGUUCACUGGGUAGAGUCGCAAGAGACUGCCUGCAUCCUUAUGAAUAACAUCCAGCAGUGCCGCGUGCAACUGGAAAAAGUCUACGAGGCAAUGGGCGGCGAUGCGAAUUUGAAGGAGGACACAAAGGCGGUGAUGCAUGACCUUCAACAAAUGCUCAACGAUGCGAUCGAUGAGAUGGCAGAGAAAUACUCGGUUGCGCUACGUCCAAUUGUUCUGGGCAAGAUCAAGGAGGUCAAUAAACUCCUGCAUCAGAUUUCAUCCAACUUCAAGGCGAAUAUUGAAUCUGAAGCGGACCUUGUUCUUCGGCCUCUGAUGGAUCAUUUUGAGUCCUCACUGUCUGUCUACGCAGACAUCUGUGAGAAAACCGUCUUAAAACGGAUUUUGAAGGAGCUCUGGAAGAUCACCAUGUUCACCUUCGAGAAGCAGUCGUUGCAACAUGCUCUUUCUCUGUACACCCAGCCAACGGAUUCGUUAAUCAAAAACUUUGUCUAUUCACAGAAGUCGCAAGACAAACCCGCUGUGGAGGACAGCGUGGGAGAGCUGUCCAUUCAGGUGGAUCUCUUCCGACACCCUUCACAUGGGGAGCACAAAGUAACCGUCUCAAUUCUGUCAGCAAAUAAUUUGAAAUGGGUGACCAGCGGGACGUUCAGACCCUUUGUAGAGGUCUACAUCAUCGGGCCAUUGUUGGCAGACAAGAAACGCAAAUUCGCGACUAAGUCCAGGACUGGUGUCUGGUCUCCCAUCUUCAAUGAGUCCUGCACUUUGUAA